CUGGACCGAUGUGGUGAUGGUGAAGAAAACAAAGUUCUCAAAAUUGUCGGUACUUUCUCACAAUGUUGAACUGGCAGCUGCAGUUUCUUAUUUUGUUUGGCAAGCGGUCAAUCAAGUGAAAAAGUCACUUUUAUCGAGGUGGUUCGCCGCAGGGAGGAAGACGGGCGCGCGCACUGAACGCUGUCUGGUCUCGCUCUUUGAGGACGGGAAGAAGAAAAAAAAACCGACGCCACGCGCGCUUUCUCCAGUGCAGACAGCCGCGGAUCGAGCGCCUCGGAUGAACUCGGAGGAUGGUUGAUGCGAGAGACCUAGGCCAGCCACGUAGCGAUGGCUUGUAAAGCAGAACUGCGGUGGGCUCGGACGGUCUAGAAGCAAACCAGAGCGAUUUGCGGUAGUUUGCCCGCGAGUGCAUGCGACUGCAAGCUGUUCGCCAAAACUCACGGUUGCCCGCCGUGGAAUACUUUAUCUGAAGCAAGUCGGGGUUUUUUUUGGUAGAUUUGUGUUUUAUCGGAUCGCUACACAACUUGAGGUGGACGGUAUGAGGGAGAGGGCGCUCGCGUCUCGGGUAGCAUCUGGCUGCAGGGUGCUGAUUCGGAGCAGCUGGUAAUGACUGCGAGAUCUAAGCGCUGAGUUCAACGGCGCGAAGACGCCGUCACAUCACUGACAGAGAGGAGGCGGCUUUUGCGUCUGAAUCAGCAGAUGAGGUGCCGUUAUUGUAUUUCCAAGUGAAACCGAGAUGCUGUGGAGAGACUGAAGUUUGGAUCUAGAGCCAAGACUUGUUUCAUUUGGACCGGGAUGAAAUAUGUGCUUGUAGUUGCACUGUGAGACAGAUUUCAUUGAAAGUAAUGGAGGCUCGGUUUGGGCUAGGCUAAGGCAUCUCUCCUCAUCUCUCCUCCUUUACGCUCUCUUGCCCUCCUCUCAUUCAUUCGAGAGGAGGGGUACAUUGCCUCCUGUAUUGUCCUUGACAGGAAACCGUGGUUAUUCUCAAAAAUAAAGAGGGAGACACUCCGAUUUAAUUGAGCGAUCGGCUGCCGAUGAAGUCCUGCCAGACACUGAAGGAGGAGGUGUCCGGCCCGGAGACGAUGUCUCAAGAGGAGGGCCAAAUGACUCAACAAUCUCAAACAUAUUUCCACAACACCUCCACUCCUGAUGCUGAGCUUUCGGCAAAGCUAUACAAGCGAGAAACUGCGGCCAAGCCGUACUCGGUGGUCAUCGACAGCACAAUGGCCACGAGGCCUGAAUCGCAGAUGCCCUCAGACCUAAAUCCCCAUCCUGCCCCAACUCAACCGUUUUAUCGGGAAGGGUCUGGAGCAGCUGCGACGAAGAGCGGAAAUGGCGGAACGUCAGAAGAUUCCGAAGCUGAAGAGGGAGCCGGGGCGGAGGACGAGUUCAAACGAGGACAGAUCAUCGUAGAGGUCAACCUCAAUAACCAGACCCUGCACGUGUCCAAAGGAGACGACGCGGCAAAUGCAAACACUGCAGGAGACGACAAGAGCAAUAGUGAGGAGGAAGAAGAAGAAGAAGAUGAUGAGGAGGAUGAGGAAGAAGAAGAGGAGGACGAGGAAGAAGACAGCAUUGAAGAGGACUAUAGCGCUGAGGAGGAUCUAGAUGAGGAGGAUCAAGAUGAUGAGGAAGAGGAGAACAACAGCCGGCAAACAAGAGUGCAACGGACCCACAGGGGUCGAGCGGCUGCCCCGCCACGGCGAAAGAGUCGCCGCGUAGCCGCUUCAUCUACUGGGAGCGUCGCCACAGCGACCGGUGGGGUUACGACCAGGGGGCGGAGGAAGAACUCAGACGGCCCGCCCCAAAAGCGUAGACCUGCCAAAGAGGCCAAAAGCUCCGCCUCCUCCACCUCAGGUGCGACAGUUGCGGGAGGAGGAGGAGCCAAGGGAGAGGGGGAGGAGAAAGAGACGCUAGCGUGUGAAAAAUGUCCACGUGUGUUCAACACCCGCUGGUACCUGGAGAAGCACAUGAAUGUGACGCACAGACGCAUGCAGAUCUGCGACAAGUGCGGGAAGAAAUUUGUGCUGGAGAGUGAACUGGCUCUUCAUCAGCAGACUGACUGUGAGAAGAACAUCCAGUGUGUGUCAUGUAAUAAGUCCUUUAAGAAACUGUGGUCCCUCCACGAGCAUAUUAAGAUUGUCCAUGGCUUUGCCGAGAAGAAAUUUGCCUGUGAGAUUUGUGAAAAGAAAUUCUACACCAUGGCCCAUGUCCGUAAGCACAUGGUCGCUCAUACAAAGGACAUGCCGUUUACCUGUGAAACCUGUGGAAAGUCUUUUAAGCGCAGCAUGUCACUGAAAGUGCAUUCACUGCAGCAUUCAGGAGAGAAGCCCUUCCGUUGUGAGAACUGCGACGAGAGGUUCCAGUACAAAUACCAGCUGCGGUCUCAUAUGAGCAUUCAUAUAGGACACAAGCAGUUUAUGUGCCAGUGGUGUGGCAAAGACUUCAACAUGAAACAGUAUUUCGAUGAGCACAUGAAGACACACACAGGUGAGAAACCAUUCAUCUGUGAGAUCUGCGGGAAGAGUUUUACCAGUCGACCAAACAUGAAGAGGCACCGGCGUACGCACACAGGGGAAAAACCAUACCCCUGUGAAAUCUGCGGCCAGCGUUUCCGUUUUUCCAACAUGCUCAAGGCGCACCGAGAAAAGUGCUUUCGUGUCACCAGCCCGGUGACCCUUCAGCCUGCCAGCAUGCCGCUUCCCAUUCACCUGACCGGCCACACGCCGUCUUCAAGCCACACCCCUAACCCAACCCAGCCCGCUCAGUCGACGCCCGUGGGUCCCGUAAUGAUCAGUCCUGCCGCAGGGGGGCCCCUACCCCAACGGGCGGUCACCGCACACGGCUUCUCUCAUUUGCACUUGCAGACGGCGCCCGCACAGCAUCACCCCGCACACACACACACUCCUGUCCAUCACACAGGACACGCCCCCAUGACAAGCCACGCCCCUCAGCAGAUCUCAGUGCAGCCUUCUGUCCUGCCCCCUCCCCCCGCCCUGUUCAAGAGCGAGCCAAUAAACCACUGCGCACACGAGGACGCCUACCUCCGACAGGGCGCCGCUCCGCAACACCACUGAAACACUCUUGUACACAAACUCACUAAUGUGAAAUCAGGUGCUCGCUGGAAAACAGAGCGACGCGGACGGACACACAUCUGUCUAUUUCUCACAGGAAUCAGCUGGAACUCAAUGCAAUGUUUAUGUAUGUAUGUGUGUGUGUGAGAGUGUGUGAUACAAAACUGAUACUACAAACCAACUUGCCACUAGCACUCGUGACCAAACAGGAUUGUUAGACAGCUGUGAACUGAUCUCAAGAACACAAGGGCAAACUUCCAAAAGCAUUACUCGGAUUCACUCAAACUCUGUCACAACGAUCAAAAUUAUGGGUCAUUGGGAUUUCAAUGGCACAAACAUGUUUCUAACUCUUUAUCGACUCAGCUGCUGUUGCAAAGGAUCUACGGGUUCAAACGUUCACAGGUUUAAAGGUCUAGAUUUCAAAAAAUGCAGUGUAACCUCUUUUAGAAAUGCAGGUCUUCCCGACAACGGAAAAUGUUCAUAUUCUACAUAGCGAAUCAUUACAUAAAACAUAGUAUACAGCACUUAAGCAGUAAACUCAGUGUGGUCUAAAUGACUGAAACCUUUCUGUUGCCUGAUUGUGGUUGUCAGUGAUUUUAUUCAUAUGUGGAAUUUUCUUUUUCUUUUUUUUUUUUUUUAAUAAAAUAAAAA